CUGCCGUGAAACCUCGAAGAAGAAGAAACAGCAGAAAAGUCUUUGGUUGUAGUCUGCUUGUUGUAAUGCGCAGCGCUCGUGCAGCCGGAUGAUACUGCCGCGAGAAGUGGAAGAAAUACUGGCAGCAAAGCGAGAAAGUCUGCGGAUAUAAGCCGAGAUCUCGCUGUACUCUGAGAAGACACGGCCUGUCAGAGACGAGAUGACUGACAGCUCUGCAGACUCCAGCACGCUCUGCCUCUUUGAUGUUGACGGCACGCUCACGGCCGCGAGACAGCGUGUGACCCCAGACAUGGCAGAGUUCCUUGAAAAGUUGAAGACUCGGGUUCGAGUCGGUGUGGUUGGAGGGUCGGACCUCAGCAAGAUCAAGGAGCAGCUGGGGGAUGAUGUGAUCCAGAAGGUGAACUACGUGUUUGCUGAGAACGGUCUUGUGGCCUAUAGGAAUGGAGAGUUUCUCUCUGUGCAGUCCAUCCAGGACCAUAUGGGUGAAGAGCUGCUACAAGAUUUCAUCAACUUCUGUCUCAACUACAUGGCCAAGAUCAAACUGCCUAAGAAGAGGGGGACGUUCAUUGAAUUCCGUAACGGCAUGUUGAACGUCUCCCCUGUUGGACGCAGCUGUACACAGGAAGAGAGGAAAGAGUUCUACGAGCUAGAUCAGAAAGAGAAAAUCAGAGAGAAGUUUGUGUCCGUCUUGAAGGAAGAGUUUAAAGGAAAAGGAUUGUCGUUUUCAAUCGGAGGGCAGAUCAGCUUUGAUGUGUUUCCUGAUGGCUGGGAUAAGAGAUACUGUCUGGGGAUUGUUGAGAAGGACAACUACUCAACCAUUCACUUCUUUGGAGACAAGACUAAACCUGGAGGAAACGACUAUGAGAUCUACUCUGACCCUCGGACCGUCGGCCAUGAAGUCUCCUGUCCAGAGGAAACUCGGCAGCUUUGUCAGCAGCUUUUCCUCUCAUGAGAGAGAUCGCGUUACUGUGUGUUCCUGUAAGACGGAGACCUCUAAUUAGAGGUCUUCUUCUUUUUGCCAAGAUCUAACCUUGAGGUUUAAUUACAAAGGUAAUGAAGUUAACGCAGAAAUAACCAGUUUCAUGGUGUUUUCGACAGUAAUGUAAGGACAUUGGGGGAAGAGUCGCUGACAAAUGAGAGGACGGUUUUCUGGGUAUUUUAGAGCAGACAUGGCUUUAAAUGUGUGAUAAUAAAAGUAGGUUUAAAAAUGAUUGGUUACAUUUUUUAAUGGGAUUCUGGUUUGUUGUUUUCACCAUUACUUCAUGGUUUACACAAAACCACCACGGUGAUGACCAAAUGUUGUCAUCCGCAACAUUUUUCCAUUUGCAGACUAAUGCAGUGUCGUUUUUGUGUAUGUAAUUCGGACCAAUCAUGUUUUUGAUUGUGAAAACAAGAUUCGGCUUGAAAUCUGUUUGUUUAUGAACUUGAACUUGCUUGGAUGUGUCAUUCCAUGUACUGCAUGUCAAUCCCACCUGUUUCUAAAUCAGCUUUUAACAAAACUGACCCGUAGUGAUUUUGUUGUGUUCUACGGUUUGAGGAAGCAUCAAGGUCACAUUCAAUUCAGUUUUAUUUAUAUAGUGCCAAACAGUUAUCUCAGAGCGCUUUUCAUAGAAGAGCAGGUCUAGACCGUACUCUGUGAAAAGGAUGUCACUGUUAGUGUAACAGACAGACCUGAAUGCUGCUUUUUUCUCCAAGAGCAAAUGUGUCAGUCAAAUGUUGUGGCCGGAGCUGUGACGUCUUUUUCUUUGGAUUUUAUAUUAAAGUCUUCGCAGGUUUUACUCCUGUAUUUGUUCAGCAAUGUUUACUAUCACUGCCCUGCUCUAUCUGAACAAACUGGAACCAAUAAUACUCAAUAACAAUAAUUACUGGCUGCGUGAUAUCAGAUUUGUCUCCUAGAUGUUAAAGUAUACAUGCUGAAAAGUAUAACUUAGAAUAAUAGUUAUAAAGUAGAGCCCCACUGAUACUGGAUUUUGUGAGGCUAAUAUUGAUGGGAGUUGAUAAUAUAUUUGCUUGGACACUAAAUGCAUUCAGUAACAGCAUCUUUCAAAAUUCACAAACCACCUUCUCACUCAAACGAAACCACCACCAGAAGUCUGUCAUAUGUACACAUUUACAUACUCUUGUAAAAACUGUAACUUUGCAGUUUGCCAUAAACAGUAAAAGUACUAGUGGUAAAGAAAAUUAAGAAUCAACUGACAAUUAUAUGAAAGUAAUAAUAGGACAAGUAAUAAUAAUUGUACUUACUCUGCAUUCUUCAGCCUCAUCCAGAAAUUUGUUUCUGCACGGAGAGGGAAAGGUUAUACCUGUACACACACAGUCUUUGUGAGCCCUUCCCCACAUCCACAGGGAUUCAUUCCAAUAUCUCUGUAUACACAGCCCCCCUCCUCCACCCUGUCCCGCGCCCCUGAUCACCAGCCUCAUGAUCAGAUGUCUGUCCUGGAUGUGAUUGAGUGCUGGAUGUAAGGACAUAUGUAUCUGCAGAAGAUGGAUCAGCCAUGCAAAGAUGAUAUUUUGCAGGUUGCAAGAGAGGACGUAAGGUGUGAUGUGUAUGACAACUAAAUACAGAAGACAGAGUUUAGCCCUGUAUUUCUAUUUCUGUGGCUAUCCUGCACAAGAAUGUAGCCUACAAUGGACGUGUAGUUUUGUAUUGCAUUGCUGGAAUUACUUUAGUUUCAUUUUGUUCACUUGGAAUUACUCUAUGCAAACAAAUAAAGCCUACUGAAGCAGA